AUGCAAAUUGAAUUUUUCAUAGAUCAAAGAAUUGCUAACGAAGUAGAAAUGUUGAAAUGGAAAAAGGAUAAUGCAAAUAAACCAAGUCCAAAAGAAGAUAAAAAUGAUGAUGAUGAUGACUAUCAAGGACAUAUAUAAUAUACUGAUAUAGAACAUAUAAAAGAAUUUAAAUAGGUGAGAGUGGGUUUUGAAGGGAAAUAACUCUCACUUUGGAGUAGUGCAAUUUACUAUUUCAUUAUUAAAUACUUCAAUUAUCCUUUAGAACCAGUGAGAAUAGAAUUCCCAAAGGAAUUCAGGCAUCAAUAUAUCAUACCAAACAGUGGAGUCUAUUGUCAUCCAGAAUGGAGCUAAAAGUAUUAGCAUGUUCAAUAUUAGGUAUUGGUAAAGGUCCUUGACCUUAGAGCAAAUUAUUAAUAGAGUUAUUUAGACUUUUCAUGAAAUUCCAACAUAUUCAGAUUACCCUGCCGACUUAAGCUUUAUCUAAUUAAGUUUAGAUAAAGUAGAAUACUAAAAUGUUAUCAAAGCUAAUAAGGAGUAUGCUACAAAAUAUAAUAAUAAAAUCCAAGAAGAAAGAUAAUAUUUCGAAAGGAAAAGAUAGCUUGAAAUUUAGAAUGCAAUUAAAAUUGAAGAAUAACAAUAAAAAAAUCAGAAAAAUUAGGAAAUAUAACAAAAUAAGGAGAAGUAGUAAGAAAAUCUUAAUGAUUUAAUAAUAUAUUAAUAAUAGAAUUAAGGUUAAUUUUAAUAAUAACAAUUAAACAUAAUGCCUUAAUAAUAAAACUAUAAUAUAAAUCCCCAAAGUCAAAAUCAAUCAGUGCCAUAAUAAAAUCAUUAAUAAUAACUGUAUUAAGCGUAAAUUUAGAGUGGCAAUCCAAGUUAACAGCAGUAUAAUUAAAAUCAUUAAUAACCUCAAAAUAAUUAAUAAAUUCCUCAAUUCUAAUAACAACCAAUUUAAUAGGAGUAUAAUUUGCCUAACCAAAAUUUAGUAUCUAAUAAUCCAAAAAUAAAAAUCUUAGGGAAAUAAAUUUAAUGA